CAAACACUCUUUGCCAAUGCAUCUGCAUGUAACCUACUAAAGCCCUGCCUAGUGCUAGUGCCUACUCACACUCGAAGCUCAAAUCCGUCUCCGUCUCUCCCCCUCGUAAGCUCGGCGCCGAUGAGAUGUGAGGCGAGGAGGGGAGAGGCUUCUCCGGUCGGUGGCGCGGGUGCGUGGGUUCGAGGGAGGGGGGCAGUGCCGGAGCGCCGGUUGAUCGGCCUGCUUGGCGGUGGUGCCAUGGCUAUGGAGGAUGCGGUGGCGGAGGCGGACCUUGCGGACCCGAACCCGGACGUGGGGGACCUGUUCCACCACUACGACAGCCUCUACUUCCAGGGCGCGCUGGCUGCCGCCGGCUUCACCGUCCAGUGGACCUCCUCGUUGCCGUUUGCCAGAAGGUCUUUUGGAUCUUGCUCCUUUUCAAAACAACAAAAUACCAUUAUACUCUCGGAGUCAUUUCUGAAGUAUCGCUCAUGUACUGACCGGAAGAAUGCAUUGCUUCAUUAUAUGAUCCACGCAAUCAUAUACGUGAAGCAUCACAAGAAGGACAGCAAUCAUGGCCCUGCUUUUCGUGCUUGGAUGGAUGCCAUUAACUCAUGCUGUGUAGAAGAUCACCAGAGACCAAAUGGUGGGUACAAUAUCACCACCCGCCAUGAUUUCAUCCCAGAAGAGCCCCGUAGCUUGAAGGGUAUUGUAUGGAAGUGUAGGUCUUGUGGUGAUACACUUCUGAGGUUCACAAACCAGGGUCCUCCAUCUGAUGCCUGCUGCAUUGAGAACGAUGACAUCAAUGCAUCCUGUGGGAACAUGCUUUGUUAUUGGCACAACCACAAGAAUGACUGUUCUGGUACAUAUGAAAAAACGAUGAAGUUAGAAGCACCAUCUCAAAAGAAAGUUGCAGGAGGUGCUCAGUUGCUUCUGACUUUGCCAUCAGAAAUGUCCAACAUUCAAGAAUCCAGUUCAUCUAUAUUGCAGUUAGAGUGGAGUACUAAAUCCACAGAACCAAAUGCUGAAGACAAGCAUCUUUGUCUAGGGAGUGGCAGCAAUGGGAAACCUCAGGGAAGUAGCUCCUCGAAGAAAGCAGGUAAGAGGAACAGUCCUGAAAUGGUUGGGGAAACAAGUGUUCUGCCUGCUGCGGCCCAAGGAAAACCCAAUCAAAACCAUGGAUUGGUUGCGAUGGCGAAGCAAGCGCCUGCGUCUGUGGAAGGCUACAGUGAUGCAGAAUCACCGGGGAGACAUACAUCAAAGAAAGCUGGCAAGCGACAUAAGCCUGAUGAUCUUCAGAAAAGCAGUGUUCUCCCUUCUGUACCCCAGGGAACAACAAAACCAAAGCAUGCGUUGGUUGCGACAGAGAAUAACCCUCUCUCCUCAGCAGAGCGCCGCAACGAUGCAAAAUCGCCAAAAACCAAUACCUCGAAGAAACCAGGAGACUGGCAUGAGCUCCAGAUUGCUCAGAAAGCCUGUUCUCAGCCAGCUGACCCUCACAAAAAACUGAAGCAAGACCUGGGUGCACCGGAAAAGAAAGAAGUUUUCUCUUUGAUGGGCCCCAGCAAUGAGAAGUUACUGGGCAGGAGCUCCUCAAAGAAGGCAAGCAGGCAGCAUGACCGCGAAGACAUUCAGGAAAAAAACACCAUCCUGCCAACUGCCCCUGGAAUCAGACCCAAAGCAUCAGCCUUUGCUGCACCAGAGAAGCGGCGAAAGGGAAAAUGCAAAAGGAAGCCUGUGGAGGAAAAGGAGUACGCUGUGAUGAGUGCGUGGCUGAACUACUACGAAUCAGACAGGUCAAGUGGAUCGCCCGAGCCCCUUGUAAACAAAAGAACAGAGCGAAGGAGAAGAGAAAGGGCAAGAAUUCUGACUUAUUCACGAUCAAAGAAGAACAAAACUGAGCCAUUGGCCAGCUCCGGGACACAUGCCUCUGUCAGUAGCCACAAAAUCGAGAUGGCACCGCAAGACCAUGCAGUUGUUACUACUGGUAACCAGGUGGCGGUGGCUCCAGCAACUGUACAUCAGGCGCAGCCAUCUGCUGAUUCUGCUCCAUGCCUGGAUCUUGUUCCAUUUCUUCAGCCAGCAGAUCCAUUGACUUCUCCAGAUCAAAGCACUGCCCGAGACAUGAUAGUGAUUUCUGAUGACGACUGACCCUUUUCGAUGAUGAUAUCCUCUAUCACAUUUUGGAUGGUUGCCGGGCUAAUUCAGUGGAUGUGGCGAGUAUGCCAUACUAUAUUAGAAGUGACAUGCUGUGCUUGUUCUUACUAUAGAGUAGUGUCUGAGGGCCCCACCGAAGUCCCUUAAACUCUUUCGCGAACAUGACGCGAGAAUGCAGGUGCUGCAGCUUGAACUUGAUUUCUUGAA